UCAGCUUGGUGGUAAAAAAAUCAUCUGAGUUUAGAAUGGAGUAUGGUUUGAGUUGGGUGGUGGGGGUGGUGGUGUUUGUGGGCAUUUGUGGGGGUGGAGUGGUGGUGGCUGGUCUGAAGUGGUUGCUUAGGAGUGUGAAUUGGUGGCUGUAUGAAGCCAAGCUGGGUGAGAAGAGGUACUCUCUGCCACCAGGUGAUAUGGGUUGGCCUUUCAUUGGCGUCAUGUGGUCUUUCCUCAGAGCCUUCAAGUCUAAUGACCCUGAUUCUUUCAUCUCCUCCUUUGUUACCAGAUUUGGACGUACCGGCUUAUACAAGGCUGUCAUGUUUGGCAAUCCGAGCAUCAUUGUCACAACUCCUGAAACUUGCAAGAGAGUCUUAACAGACGAUGAAUAUUUCAAGCCCGGUUGGCCUACCUCCACUAUAGAACUCGUUGGAAAGAAGUCGUUUAUCGGCGACAUUACAUUUGAGGAGCACAAGCGCCUUCGCAAGUUAACAGCAGCACCGGUCAAUGGCCAUGAGUCUCUGUCCAUUUACAUGAGAUAUAUUGAAGAGAAUGUGAAAUCAAACUUGGAAGAAUGGAGUGGUAUGGGACAAAUUGAGUUCUUAACCAAGCUUAGAAAGCUCACUUUUAGGAUAAUUACUUACAUUUUCUUGAGCGCGGAGAGUGAGCUUGUGAUUGAGGACAUGGAGAGGGAAUAUACAGCAUUUAAUUAUGGUGUUAGAGCCAUGGCAAUCAACCUCCCAGGAUUUGCUUAUCAUAAAGCACUCAAGGCAAGGAAAAAGCUUGUGGCUAUCUUGCAAUCUGUAGUGCAAAAGCGCAGGCAGCGAAGAAAGAACGAUCCACAAACAUCGAAGAAAGACAUGAUGGAUGCACUGUUGGAUGUUAAAGAUGAGAAUGGAAAGAGCUUAGACGAUGAAGAAAUCAUUGACAUCCUAAUCAUGUAUCUAAAUGCUGGUCAUGAAUCUUCUGGGCACGUCACAAUGUGGGCUACCCUACUGUUGCAGGAUCACCAAGAAAUGUUCCAAAGAGCUAAGGCUGAGCAAGAAGCAAUAGUAAAAAACAUGCCAUCUACACAGAAAUGGUUGACACUCAAUGAAUAUCGACAAAUGGAGUAUCUCUCCAAGGUGAUUGAUGAAACACUUCGCGUGGUAUCAUUCUCACUUAUGGUCUUUCGAGAAGCAAAAGCAGAUGUCAAUAUAUGUGGUUAUACUAUUCCCAAGGGAUGGAAAGUUUUGGUUUGGUUUAGGGGUGUGCACUUCGACCCUAAAAUAUACCCUGACCCGAUGGUAUUUAAUCCUUCCCGAUGGGAUGGACUUACUCCCAAAGCAGGAACUUUUCUUCCUUUUGGAGCAGGAAGCCGGUUGUGCCCUGGAAAUGAUCUUGCGAAGCUUGAAAUUGCUAUUUUUCUACACCAUUUUCUUCUUAAUUAUGAGUUUGAACGACUCAAUCCUGGGUGUCCUAUUAUGCACUUACCACAUCCAAGGCCGGUAGAUAACUGCUUGGGAAGAAUAAGGAGAGUCUCUCAUCUCUGAGUGUCUAGCUGAGAGAAACAUAUUGGCUUGCUUUUUCUUAAUAAUAAAUGUUUAGUUUUAAAUUUAUCUUUUCAAUUUGCAAAGUUCCAGUGACAAUAUAUAAAACUCUGGUAAAAUUAUCGUGGCAUAAUAUAUUGGUUGUG